AUGAUUGUUCGAUCAUGUAUAUUCAAGUGGAGGACGCCAUUGCCAUGUUCACUCGUCACUGCUCGGCCCUUAAGGCAUUUUCACUCCUCCACUGGCCGAAGAGAUGAAGAUGGCAAUCACUACACGACUUUGGACGUUCCGACCAGUGCAACACCGGCAGAGAUCAAAAAGCAAUUCUACAAACUCUCGAAAUCCAACCAUCCUGACCUCCAUCCAAAUGACCCGAACGCCUCUCAGAAAUUCGUGAAGAUCAGCGAAGCAUACGCAACUUUGGGCUCUGCAGAAAAGAGACAGAGAUACGACAGAGAUCAUAUACGCGUACAGCAGCAGCAAGACUCUUCGAAUCAUGGCCCAGUGCCUCGAGGCAGCUACUCUUCCGCGUCAACGGGACCUGGUGGUCGCCCAGCCAGUGGACUGAGUCGCAGACGAACACAGUUUCGCGGUCCGCCACCUUCAUUCUAUCGCAAUGGCGGCUGGGGCGAACACUCGGAUAAACGCGGCGAGUACGCGAAUCGAGCUUCCCAUACGAAUGAGACGAGUGGACAAUCCGCCAGCGGUCCUGCUGGGCCAGGGAUGGGACCUGGAGGGUUUACAAUGGGCUUUGAUGGCGACGUACCGCACUUUGACAACAGAUCACACACGCAGACGCAUAGCGAGAUAGAGAACAGACAUCGUACCAGACGGAAAAGGGCAUCGCAGUAUGAGAGUGCUGAAAUGGCUGGGAAUGGUAGCAGCGUGUUAUUCAACUUUCUUCUACUGACUGGCGUAUUGGGAGUGGCUGUCGGGACUUCAGCCGCGGUGUACGGCGGUCAGAGAAAGCCAGCACUACGGAGACUGGAGCCGGAUAGGUAG